CCAAGACCUCCCGGACCUCCAAGAGCUGCGCAACCUCCAGGACCUCCAGGACCUUCAAGACUUCCGCAACCUCCAGACCCUCCAGGACCUCCAGGACCUUCAAGACUUCCGCAACCUCCAGACCCUCCAGGACCUCCAUCUGCCCCAUUUCAGCAGCGCACCUCCACCUGCCAGGACCCGGACCUCGUAAACCAUCGCCACCGGAACCGUCACGCCUGUCUGGAUCAUGAUCGUCGCCCUGGUGGUGUUGGUCCUGCGGCUGGGCAGCGUCCACGUGAGGACGGCGGCCGUGCCGGUCUGCAGCCUCCCGGAAAAUGUCGUCCUGGAGGCCCACAACCUGCUCCGAGAUCUGGGGGCGUUGUUUCCUGUCCACUGCCUGCCAUACAACGCCAACGCGACCUUUCCUUGCACCGCCCUCACCAACGCCACCCAGUGUCGGCAGACGUUGCGGGUGCUUCACCGGGCGCUGCGGGGGGCAGAGCAAGUUUUCCAGGACAACCGCCUGCCGCACGGAGAGGGUGCGUUCGCGUGGGACCAGCGGAAACUGGACCACUUCCAGAACCUUCAGAACCGCCUGGUGCGGGACGGCGGCUGUGUGAGUAGCGCGACCCCGCGACGACCCCGCCGUGUCUGGCAUGUCGGUCGGCCGCCGAGUCGAUUGACAGGUUGGCUCUCUGCUCGGUUCCAGUUGUCCGCCGGGGCCCUCUCGGAUCCUCAUCUGUCGUCCUACUUUGGCAACGUGACCUCUCUUCUUCAGCAGCAGGACAGCGCCAUCUGCGGGUGGUCGCUGCUGCGGCGAGAUGUGCUCUGGGUCCUCAAUACUGCUCUUCGCCGACACCGCAGCUGCUUCAGAUGAUGACAAGCCACGCCCCCGAGACAUUUCACCUAUUUAUAUAUUUAUCUGACUCGUCCUGUCGUUCUGCAUAUUAACAUUAAAAUAUUCUCUUUCUCUCGUAUCGCUUUUGAUUCCCUUCUUAUCUGCACACGCACACGCACACGCACACACAAAAGGUGAGUCAGCAGCUCGUUGGACUUUCCGCACGUGUGUCAUAAUUCGUAAUAUGGCGAGAAAGACGGUGAUUCAUUAACAGUUGCCGAGCUUCGCCAAGCAAACGUUUCACACGAACAAAACAACAACCAAACCACACUUCCACCCAAUCGCGUGACUCCACAGUGUGGAGGGCUCACUGGCUGUCUUCCUGAUUGGUUGAUGGAUUAUGACGAUCGA